CGAACGGUGCGGCAGAGUCCUGUACGUGUGUACAAUGUCUAUCUAUGAUUUGCUAGCGUAGACCGACACAGUGACUCAAACUAGAAGCGCGGCCUAGAGACUCAACCAAUCCACACCGUCACCACUGUGACGUCAUCUACCUACAAACGCCAGCUGCUCUGCCAGACGGUCGUCCUUCAAAUCGACAAAAGAGCCGUCAACUUUACGACACUAGAAUGAAACUUUCAGUCAGACCCGUCGCGUGCUGUUGUCUCUUGCUGAUCACGACGGCAAUUCAGACUGCAAAUGCGGCCCAACCGACAUCGACAGCAAUGUUGGCCGCAACCAUGGCAGCAGCCACGACGGCAGUAACAAACGCUCAGACGACAAACGCUCCAACCACGGCAGCGACAACAAACGCUGCGACCACGGAGGCCGCAACCAAUAACGCUUCAGCCACUUCGGCAGCUACAAACGCUUCAGUUACUGCGGCAGCCACGAAUGCUUCAGCCACAAGCGCUUCAGCAACUGCGACAGCCACAAACGCUUCAGCCACUGCGGCAGCCACAAACGCUUCAGUAACUGCGGCAGCCACAAACGCUUCAGUAACUGCAGCAGCCACAAACGCGCCAGCCACUGCGGCAGCCACAAACUCGCCAACUACUGCGGCAGCCACAAACGCGCCAGCCACUGCGGCAGCCACAACCGCUUCAGCCACUGCGGCAGCCACAACCGCUUCAGCGACUGCGGCAGCCACAACCGCAAACGCGCCAGCCACUGCGGCAGCCACAAACUCGCCAACUACUGCGGCAGCCACAAACGCUUCAACCACUGCGGUAGCCACAAACGCUUCAGCCACAAACGCGCCAGCGACUGCGGCAGCCACAAACGCACCAGCGACUGCGGCAGCCACAAACGCUUUACUAACUGCGGCAGCCACAAACGCUUCAGACACAGAGGCCACAACGGACGCUUCAGCCACGACAAACGCGGCGAAUGCGUCCACUGCAACGAACCCUCCUGCUCAACAGUCUACUGCUUCUACAUCUGCAGACGCCACAGAGUCACCAAGCACAGGCAAUGUCACGUCAAUUGUAACAGCCACACCAUCUGGCUCAAAGACGGCAUGGAGAGCGACAUCAGCGAUUGCCAUUGUGCUAAGCAUAUUUCUAGUAAUUGUAAUGUAUUCCUUGUCCUGACAGUAUAGAUGUAUUCGUGUAACAUACUUGAACAAGUCAACUAAUCAUGUUUGCUGUCUGAUAGCUACAGGUGACUGCAUUACCAUUGUAUUAUGUAUGUUGGAGUUUAUGUAUAGCCUUCAUUGUGUCGGUGAA